CUGUCCUUUACUAUUAUGGCUCGCACCAAGCAGACGGCCCGCAAGUCCACCGGCGGCAAGGCCCCGCGCAAGCAGCUGGCCACCAAGGCCGCCCGCAAGAGCGCCCCGGCCACCGGCGGCGUGAAGAAGCCGCACCGCUACCGACCCGGCACCGUGGCGCUGCGCGAGAUCCGGCGCUACCAGAAGUCCACCGAGCUGCUGAUCCGCAAGCUGCCGUUCCAGCGCCUGGUGCGCGAGAUCGCGCAGGACUUCAAGACCGACCUGCGCUUCCAGAGCUCGGCCGUGAUGGCGCUGCAGGAGGCCUGUGAGGCCUACCUGGUGGGUCUGUUCGAGGACACCAACCUGUGCGCCAUCCACGCCAAGCGGGUCACCAUCAUGCCCAAGGACAUCCAGCUGGCCCGCCGCAUCCGCGGGGAGAGGGCGUAAAGAAUUCCUCUCAUUUACUCAACCACUUUAAAGGCUCUUCUUAGAGCCACCCAUCUUCCAAAAAAGGGGCUGUAACGUCCUUCCCAUUUUGUUAAUGAAGUUUUAAUAUGCAUUCAAGAAUGUAUCUGUUUUAGAGAAAGAUUGUUCACACAACUGGGGUACUUUUCUUGUCAUCUUAUCCCUUCCUCAAUUCUAUUGAAAAAGGGUAUUUCAAGACUUACAGUGAGUUUUAUUUCACAACAGGUUAAAACAAACCCUUGAUGCAUGAGUACAA